AUGAGAUUGGUCUCUAUGAUCUUCACUUCACUUGUACUGGGUACAAUAAAGGCCUCGCCGACAUAUAGAGACAGAGGUACGGUACCAAGAUUAAGAAAUACGAUACCGUUGUCGAGUAGACAGGAUGAUCAGGGCUUUACGUGGGGUCAUGAACCCAUGAGAGGAGUGAACACAGGUGGAUGGUUGGUAUUAGAGCCCUGGAUAACACCCUCUCUGUUCAGAGAUAAACCAGAAUGGGUAGUGGACGAAUGGAGUUAUGGAGUUUAUAUGGGAUAUCAAAAUGAUACAAUGGGAGAAAUCAAACAACAUUGGAAUACAUGGUUUCAAUAUGCAGAACUGAAAGAUAUAGCAGCUGUCGGAUUAAAUACUAUACGUAUACAAAUAGGGUUCUGGUCAAUCAUACCGCUUGAAAAUGGAGAACCAUAUCUUAUCGGAGCGUACGAGUACCUGAAAAUGGCUGUGAAGUGGGCUGCCAAACUAAACUUGAAGGUGAUGAUAGAUCUUCACGGUGCACCGGGAGGACAGAAUGGAUGGGAUAAUAGUGGAUUUCGCAAUGUCCGAGAAUGGUUUUAUAACGAUACAAACAUUUCAAGAACUUUAACAGCAAUCCAAAUCUUAACAAGCGAAUUCACGAAAGAUGUAUACUCGAAUUCGGUUGUCGCUAUUGAGGUCCUUAAUGAACCGUUCCCAUAUAAUGCAAAUGAAGUGAACAUACUUAAAUCAUUUUAUCAAGCUGCAUAUCAAAGUAUAAGAGGAUCAUCAAAUGGGAAAAGGAUAGCUGUGGCUUUAGAUCAAGCAUAUCAAGGUUUAGGUGUCUGGGAAGGGUUUAUGCAAGAACCUGAUUAUCAUGAUGUCGCUAUGGAUACUCAUAUAUACUCCAUGUUCGACCUGAAUCUACUUUCGAUGGGUUAUAACGCCAAUCUAGAUUGGUACUGUGGUCAAGCAGAUUAUCUUCGACAAUCGAACAAUAUCCAUUGGACAAUAGUAGGCGAGUUCACACCGGCAAAUACAGAUUGUGCAUUUUGGUUGAACGGAAGAGGUAGAGGAGCGAGGUACGAUAAUACCCUAAAUACAUCAAAAGCACUCCAAUUUCCAGGUGAUUGUAGUGCGAAAACAGGAUCGGAUCCUUCAAAAUUCUCCGCUGAAUAUGUGGAUUAUCUGGCUAGAAGUUUCGAGAUUCAGAGUUGGGUUUAUGAGCAAGCUUCGGGAUAUGUAGUGUGGUGUUGGAAGACUGAACAAGCGGCAGAUUGGUCGAUGCAGACUGGCAUAACGUAUGGAUGGAUCCCAAGUCCGAUAACAGCCAAACCACAUGGGUGA